ACCUUUGACUCGGAAAUACGUAGAAAUGAGAUCCGGCCCUUGAUCCGCCCUCUCUCCCUGAACCUGAAGCGAAGCCUACGUUUCGUGUCUUUUACAGACUUAAAAAUGCGUUACGUGGCCGCUUAUCUCCUGGCUGUCCUUGGUGGCAACAACAACCCCACCUCUAAAGAUAUUAAGAACAUCCUUCAGAGCGUAGGGAUUGAGGCUGAUGAUGAGCGUCUCAGUAAGGUCAUCAGUGAACUUAAUGGAAAAGAUGUCAAUGAAGUCAUGAAUGCAGGCCUGUCGAAGUUAGCCUCCGUGCCAGCAGGUGGUGCUGUUGCUGCUGCUCCUGCUGCUGCCGCUGCAGGUGGAGCACCUGGAGCUGCUCCUGUUGCUGAGGAGAAAAAGGAAGAGAAGAAAGAGGAAUCAGAGGAAUCUGAUGAAGACAUGGGAUUUGGCCUCUUUGAUUAGACAUCUUUGUAUUUUGGAGGAUUGAAAAAGCAAUAAAAACAGUAAAAAUCAAGAAAU